AUGACGUUAAACGAUGACGAUAAAAGCACGACAAAAAUGAGAAUAGUUUUUGAUGCUUCUGCGAAAAUUAACCACGAGUCGCCUUGUCUAAACGACAUACUGUACAAGGGUCCUCAGCUAACGCCGCAACUGUACGUUGUCCUCUUGCGAUUCAGAUCAUAUCCUAUAGUUUUGAUAGCCGACAUAGAAAAAGCAUUUCUACAAAUUGCGAUUAAAGAAACAGAUCGUAACUUUUUGAGGUUUUUGUGGUUUGACGAUAUCCUUGCGGAACAACCCACCAUCGUUAGAAAUCGAUUCGCCCGUUUAGUGUUUGGAUUGACGAGUUCACCAUUUUGUUUGAACGGUACUAUUCGAAAUCACGUGAGUCAGUAUGAAUUUGACCCACUGUUUGUUCAAAAGGUUGUGAGGUCGUUUUUUGUCGACGAUUUUAUUGGCGGUCACGUGAAUGAUAAAGAAGUUGUAAAGUUGUUUAAACAGCUUAAACUCCGAUUUAUAGAAGGGAAUUUUUAUCUUCGUAAAUGGCACACAAAUAAUGAAAAUGUUCGGAACUAUAUAAAUCAUAUCACCAACUCAACCGCGCCUCCCCAAACUAAUGGUAAAAUUCUUGGACUUGUUUGGAAUGAACAGACCGAUAAAUUAUGUUUUGACUUUUCAGAAUUAUUGAAGUCGGCAAAAGCGUUAAAACCUACUAAGAGAAAUAUAUUCGUCUUCGUUCUACGAUCCUGUGGGACUCAUUCAACCUAUUUUGAUUAG